AUGGAAAACAAAAACUUUCUAUGUACUAUAGAAGAAAUGGAUAGUCUUUGGUUUCACAAACUCGUUUUUUUCUCACAGCCAAGUCCAACAGCAUCAGUUAUUUCCUUACCAUCUCCACCAGAUGAAGAAAAACCUAUUCCCACAUCAGAAUCUGCGUCUUGCUCAUCCUUCAUUCUUUCUUCACCACCUCCACCUGAUGAAGAAACUUCAACGGAUGAAUCAGCUUCUUCAGAGAAACCACUCCCAUCAGAAUCAAUAUCUGUGCUUCUUCAGGAUGGAUCAAUCAACAAUGAAGAAGAAACAAAGGAAAGAUUGGCCAGAAUGGACCUUUUGUUGGGUAGCAAAACUCGUUCGCACUCAACCUCCCCAUCAACUCAAAACCGUCACAGAAAAUCGAGGAAUCUGGUUACUUGUGCAAGGAAACUGCAGAAAUCCGUAAGCUGCAGAACUUUUGGGGAACUAGAACUUGAUGAAGUAAAGGGUUUCAUGGAUCUUGGUUUCACAUUCGAGAAAGAAUAUCUAAGCCCAAGAAUGAUGAGCGUUGUUCCGGGCUUGCAGAGACUGGGUGUUAUGGAUUCGAAAGAGACGGUUGAAGGACAUUACAUGGAAGCAGAGGAAGAAAAGAGAGAUAUCAUGAGACCAUAUUUAUCAGAGGCAUGGCUUAUAAAGAGACCAGAUUCCCCACUACUAAACAUGAAAAUUCCCAAACGUUGUUCAUCUGCAAAUAUGAAGAAACAUCUUCGGUUCUGGGCUAAAACUGUGGCCUCAGAAAUCCACCAAAAAUGAGUUACGGUCCAUAUAUGAGCAGCCGCCACAUGUGACAUAACAUGUCACAGCCAAAUAAUUGUAUGUUAAUAAAAGCAUGAUGAGAGAGGUAGGUGGUGCAACGUGAAUGCCGAUUUCUUCCAUCUCCUUUUUGUUUGCUAUGCAAUAAAAGGGAAGGUUCUUAUUGGAACCAAAUGUGGAGGCUUAGUUAAUGAGUUUGUUGUGAUGAGGAAUACUAGUUAGGUAGAUAAAGCAGGAAGAAGAUAAACACAGACAACAACAGAAAGAGUGACCCUACAACUAUGAUGUGGUUUUGCCUCACAAGUGGGGUUUCAAGAAUUCACAAGCUGUUCCGUUGUUUUUUGUUGGCAUAUGUGACCGAAGAAAUCGUUCUUGGUGUCAUGUCUGGCUUCUUUCUUCUUAUUACAUCAAUCAAACAAUGGUUUUUCACCUGCUUCAA